AUGAAGCACAUGGCAACUAUCAAGAAGGAACGAGUGAGAAAGAUCAUCUUGGAUACCAAAUCUUCCUCCGAUUUAGUUGUGAAGAUGGAGCUUAUUGACACACUGGAACGAAUAGGUGUGGCCUAUCACUACCGCGAAGAUAUCAAUGAAAUACUAUGUGACAUCCACGGUGAUGGACAAGGCAUUGGUGAUGACCUCCAUAUGACAGCGAUGCGGUUCUACUUGUUGAGGAAGCAUGGGUACCACACCUCUCAGGAUGUGUUUCUGAAGUUCAGAGAUGACCAAGGAAACUUUGCUAGCAAUGAUCUGGACUCGUUAUUGGCAUUGUAUAAUGCAGCAUAUCUUAGGGUUCAUGGGGAAGAAGUGCUUGAUGACGCAGUUGUUUUCACCAAGAGCCGUCUACAAUGUAUGUUGGAACAUCUAGACCCGCGGUUGGUAGAAGAGGUCCAGUGUACAUUGGAAACACCCCAUUUCAGGAGAGUCGAAAGAGUGGAAACGAGACGUUACAUCCCGGUGUAUGAGAAGAAGGCUACUCGAGAUGAGCACAUAUUAGAAUUUGCUAAGUUGGACUUCAACAUUUUGCAAACUCUUUAUUGCCAUGAGUUGAAAGCUCUUACGAUUUGGUGGAAAGACUUUCAAGCACAGACAGAUCUACAGUUUGCACGAGAUAGAAUGGUGGAGAUUCAUUUUUGGAUGCUUGGAGUUGUCUAUGAGCCGCAAUAUUCCUACUCACGUAUAAUGUUGACACAAUUGGUCAUAUUUGUGUCAUUAUUUGAUGACCUCUAUGAUAACUAUAGCACCACUGAAGAAAGCAACAUCUUUACCGCAGCCUUGGAAAGGUGGGAUGAAGAAGCCGUGGAGCAAUUCCCAGCAUACUUGAAGGCAUUAUACAUCAAUAUACUUAACACUACAAAUGUUAUUGAUGAAGAGUUGAAGCAUCAGAAAAACAUGCAUACUGGAUUGGCAAAAAAAAUUGUAAUUGACAUUGCCAAAAGCUAUCACGCGGAGGUGAAAUGGCGGGAUGAGCACUACAUACCAACUAGUGUUGAAGAGCAUCUACAAAUUAAAUUUCAGUGCGCACCAGCGCUUGUAUGCAAAUAA